GUGCAUCUGCACAUUAUAUUAUAAUAUAAAAGUGAAAACAAUAAUCCCGCCCAAUCGACAGCUCCUGCAAUAGUUAAAGCCUGUGAAACGGCAAUGUCUGUUCAGAAUAAACUAUAUGAUCUCAGUUAUAGCCAACGAGGAGAGCUGAGGAAUUUGUUGAUGCACAAUUACUAUGCUAACCAACAACAUAAUUGAAGGACACUGUACACUGAAACAUCAGAGCAAUAACUACACAUAACACGGUUUAAAGUCUAUCCAAGUAUUGAAUUUACAAGAUUUGAUAUCAGAAGCUCGAUAUCAUAAACCUAUCCACCAUAAUUGAGUUUCUUAUAUAUGCUAAUCUUUGAAAUGUCUGCAUCGUUUAUCUUUAAAUUCUGUUUCUCUUGCUACAUUUUUGUUAAUGUUACUUGUUUCAGAACGUUCAGAGAACAUUCAAAAGUAACAUUCCCACAACUUUUGCCAAAUUCUAAAAUGGAACGUUCCCUUUACAUUCACAAAACUAAUAAAACGUUUCUAAAACAUUGCAAUAUCUAUCUAUCUAUCUAUCUAUCUAUCUAUCUAUCUAUCUAUCUAUCUAUCUAUCUAUCUAUCUAUCUAUCUAUCUAUCUAUCUAUCUAUCUAUCUAUCUAUCUCAACUCGUGUAGUAUCUUGAGUUGUAACGGGCGACAACUGUUUGGUUUUGGCCCUCUGACGUCACAUCCAUUCCCACAAUGCCAUAGUAACACGACUGCGCACUCGCGCUCGUGGACGCGCACCAGCAGACAGCCCAUCACACACAGAGCGAACAUGGCGGGCGCCUCCGACCCUCUGGAAGACAUGCUCUUCUCCGAGGUGGACGAGAAAGCCGUGAGUGAUCUGGUGGGCUCGCUGGAGUCUCAGCUGGGGGGCCAGGGCGAGCCGCCCGCCGCGCAGCCCGAGAACGCGCGCCCGGGCAGCGCGAAGCAGCAGCAGGCAGGAGGAACAGCGCAGCUGCCUGCUCCUGUAGACUCUCCAUCAGAACCACAACAACAAGCACAGCAGCAGCAGAACGCACGGAAAGCUGCGCGCAACCCGGAUUCCGACCCGAAAGACGCCAGCACGGAUAAGCAUUCCAAAGCCUUGGAGAAGGAGAGCCCUCUGAAGUCGCACGGCAGCAUCAUCAUCAUCACUACAGCAGCAGCAGCAGCAGCAGCAGCAGCAUCCGAUGCUCCUGCACCGGGCAACAAAGGUGAGAGCCCGAGGGACACCCGCAAGAAGCACCCGGGGAAUACGCGCGCGCUGCGCUCCGCAGCAUCCCACAGUCUCAACGGCAACGGAGGCGACGCAGCAUCAGCAUCACCCAGCACCUCCAGCCCGGGCAGCGCGACUUUUACCGUGUCCAGUAACCCGCAGGCGAUCACGCUGGACCGCGGGACGCCCACCAUCGCGCUGCACCGACUCCCGCGUCACAUCAUCGCCAGCAUCGCGCAGAAUGGAAACGGCACGUCCGUGUCCGCGCUGGUCCAGCAGGGCGCGCGGAUCGGAGCGGCGGGCGCGCAGGUCAACCACAGCAAACCACCCACGGACGCGAACAACGCGAAACCCGCGGCGACCUCUGCGCCUCCCACCGCGGCCACAGCAGCGCCCGUCAAACCCGCUGUCAGUGUCAGUGCGGCUCCGGUCAUCAGACCUGCGCAGACGCAGACGCAGACGCCAGCGCAGCAGAGGGUCGUAACGCCGCAGCUGAUUGUCAGACCACCGCAGCAACAAACUACAAUACAGCUGCCCCCCGGAUUCACCAUCCCUCCAGGGAUGGUGCUGGUCCGGACGGAGAUGGGUCAGCUGGUGAUGGUUCCUCAGCAGGCUCUGGCUCAAGCUCAGGCCCAGAACAGCAUCUCACCGCGGCCCUCCACACCCACCAGCGGGGCCACAUUCAGGGUCACGACCCCACAGUCUCCUGUUAGCACUCAGGCGAUUCGUCCCGCUCCUGCGGCUCAAACCAAACCGGUCCAGUCGAGUUCAGCGAGCGCCGCGGCCCAAACCUGCACCGCUAAGGGCCCCGUGGCAGCCGCUGUGGCAGUGACAGCUCCCCAGCAGGUCCAGCCGGCCUCGGGUCCCCAGGGGCCCCUCACUCAGAUGCCACUGGCCCCACAGAGCGCAGCCGCCCCGGCCCCUGGAGCUCCGCUCGUCUCCCAGGAGAUGCAGGAGAACGUGAAGAAGUGCAAGAACUUCUUGGCCACGUUGAUCAAGUUGGCAUCCCAUAAUUCCCCUUCCCCAGAGACGUCUCGAAACGUGAAAGCGCUGGUGCAGGAUUUACUGGAUGCAAAGAUCGAUCCGGAGGAGUUCACCAGCCGGCUGCAGUCCGAGCUGAAGUCGUCUCCGCAGCCGUACCUCGUCCCUUUCCUGAAGAAAAGUCUCCCUGCGUUGCGUCUGUCUCUUCUGAACAGCCAGCAGUCUCUCGCUCAGCCUCCGCAGCCCAAUAAAACCAGUGUGACUCCGGUUCAGACGAGUGUGAGCGUGCGUCCACACCUGCCCAACAGCACCACCGUACUGCCACAAGGUAUCAAGAGGGCAGUGGGUCCUGGAGGUCAGAUCCGGAUGCCUGUGGUCAUCACACAGACGGUGCGAGCAACAGGUACUUUAGGGAAGCCUGCGGUUAUCCAGACGGGCAAAAGCCCUGCGGGCGUCACCACACAGCUCUCAGGAAACCAGAAGAACAAGCUGAAUGACCCGGGGGGAGGCUCCUUCAGAGACGAUGAUGACAUCAAUGAUGUGGCGUCUAUGGCCGGCGUGAACCUCAACGAGGAGAGCGCACGUAUUCUAGCGACCAACUCUGAUCUGGUGGGAACGCAGAUCCGCUCCUGUAAAGACGAGGCCUUUCUGUCUACAGGUCUGCUACACCGGCGUAUACUGGAAACAGCGAAGAGGUUCGGAGUGACGGACGUACCGCUGGAGGCUGUGAACUUCAUCUCUCACGCCACUCAGUCCAGAUUACGCACGGUGCUGGAGAAAGUCUCCUCCAUCGCCCAGCACAGAAUGGACUCGUCUAAGGAAGAUGAGGGGUACGAGCAGGCGUCUGAUGUGCGCUCGCAGCUCAAGUUUUUCGAGCAGUUGGAACGGAUGGAGAAGCAGAGGAAAGAUGAGCGAGAACGAGAGAUUCUCCUCAGAGCGGCGAAGAGUCGCUCGCGGCAAGAAGAUCCAGAACAAGCCCGUCUGAAGCAGAAAGCAAAGGAGAUGCAGCAGCAGGAACUCGCUCAGAUGAGACAACGAGACGCAAACCUGACGGCGCUCGCCGCCAUCGGCCCUCGGAAGAAACGCAAGGUGGACUCGCCAGGAGCUACAGCGACUGAGGUGUCGGGAAGUUCGGCAGGUUCCCCGGGCGGAUCGUCGGCCCCGUGCUGCUCGUCACGGCAGUUUAACCGCCAGAGAAUAACACGCGUCAACCUCAGGGACUUCAUCUUCUACAUGGAGCAGGAGCGAGAGACCAGCAGAUCUCUCUUACUUUACCGCGCUCUCCUGAAGUAGCCAACGCUGAGCGAAUGCUGAGCCAAUCAGCAGCCAAACCACCCGAGCAGCGAUCGACUUCCCCUCAGCCCUGCGACGUGCCUUCAGCCCGUUCACCGCGUCUGUGUCUGUGAGCUCGUGAUGUCUGCGUUGCUUUUGAUAGAAAAGCUCUGAAAAAGAGAGAGAGAGAAAAAAAAAACAAGAUGUGCUUUAUGUUUCCUGUUUUCUCCUCAGCGUUACUAGCUAAACUGUAUUUAUGAUAGUGAAUUUUAAGGCUUGUCUUUCUGACUUUGAGCCGAGGAGUGUUUGUUUGUUUGUUUGUGUAUGAAUGAAUCUGACACUGUAAAUACCACUUUCUUCAUCAGUAUUUUAGUCUAAAAAUCCCCCGAAAAGAGAUGGCUAUGAAUUAACAAUUAAUUCUAUUGUUUUAUUAAUGUGUUCCCUCAUCGUGAACACGGUUUGCUAUAUUCGACGCCUUCAUUUUAGUGAAUCAUGACCACAUUGUCCAAAUUUUUUCCCUCUCUUUGAUUUACUAAAAUUAGGGAACAAAUUAGUAUAAAUUCGCAGCAGUUUACUAAAACAAAGGAACAGAUACUGUAUGUACAGAAAGGUCACAAUUUACUGAAACGAGGGAAUUAAUUAAUAAAAAAUAGCAACGAUUUACUAAAAUUAGGGAAUUCAUUGGUACAAAAAGGAAACGAUUUACUGAAAUAAGGGUAGAGAAUUAAUAAAAAUUUGCACUUGUUUACUAAUAAGAGGGAAUUAAAAAACGAGAGAAUUAAAUAAUAAAAAUUAGCUACAAUAAAAAAACGAGAUAAUACAAAACGAGAUAAUUCAUACAAAUUGGUCCCAAUUUACUAAAAUGAUGGGACAAAUUAAUAAAAUUUGCAAUGAUUUACUAAAAUGGGGGAACGAUUUAAUAAAAAUUCGCAAUGAUUUACUAAAUCUAGGGAACAAAUUAAUAAAAAUUUGCAAAGAUUUACUAAAACGAGUUAACGAAUUAAUAAAAAUUGGCAAUGAUUUACUAAAACGAGGGAACGAUUUAAUAAAAUUUCGCAAUGAUUUACUAAAACGAGGGAAAGAAAUUAAUACAAAUUUGCAUUAAUUUACUAAAACGAGGGAACGAUUUAAUAAAAAUGUGCAAUGAUUUACUAAAACGAGGGAAUGAAUUAAAAAUAUUUGCAAUGAUUUACUAAAACGAGGGAAUUAAUUAAUAAAAAUUACCAAUGUUUAACUAAAAUAAGGAAAAUAAUUCAUUAACAUUGGCUACAGUUUACUAAAACAAAAUAAUUAACACAAAUUGGUCACAAUUUACUAAAUCAAGGGUAAAAAUUAGCAAAGAUUCACUAAAAAUGAGGGAAUGAAUUUAUACAAAUUUCCAAUGAUUUUCUAAAAUUAGGAAAAAAAUUAAAUAAAAAUUUGCAACAAUUUACUAAAAUGAGAGAAUUAAUUAAUACAAAUUUUUCACAAUUUACUAAAACAAGGGAAAUAAUAAAAAAUUAGCAACGAUUUAUUCAAAUGAGAGAUUUAAUUAGUAUAAAAUAAACCUCAAAUUCUCAGUUUUUUUUCUUGUUUUUAAAAUAAGCUUCACUACAUUUUCUUUAUGCUUUGAACAAGAAUAUGAUAAUAUUUCAUGCAUUUUCACGGUUUUUGCUGUGAUAUAUUUCAGUAUUUUCAGUGUCAGAAAUCCUGAUGAAGUGAGUGUUUUCUCACGGUGCAGAUGUAUAUUUAACACCGAGCGCUUACAGUGACGAUCUACGGGACGAAACGCCUGGAAGUGAUCAAUGCAGUUUUCUGUUAAAGAUUCGCGUCUCAUGCAAACUUUCCCAAGCAUCAUCAUCACCAUCAUAAUCAUCUUCAUCAGUGUCCAGCCAAUCACAGUAUUCAAAACCUCAUCAAAAACUGACAAAAAAAACUCUUUUUCAAAAGGCGAGUCUCAAUGUAAAUAGACUUUUUUUAAUGAAUAUUGUUUUUAACAGCAUGUGGAAAUAAUUCCAGCUUCUGUCUGUCAUUGUGAUUCACGUAGCUUUAAUAUUUGUCCACGAGGAGCACGAAUCCCGUGUUUUCUCGAAAUCAGGCCAGCAGAUCCGAGCUAUAGCAAUACAGCCACAUCAACACAUCGUCUGAACGUCAAUCAAUCAAUCAGUGCGAAAAGAAGAACCAACCCCAAAAGAUCCUGGGUUUUCAUCUCAUAAACACGAUCAGAACCGAAAGCAGCAGUAGAUUAUAAAGGCAAACAGUUUAGAAUAACAUGCACUGAUAAAUCAAUGUAUUAUGAAGGUAUUAGAAAUUGAUUUUUGAUUAUAAAACUGGAUUUCACUGCCCUCGACUGUGUUUAUUUUUGUUAUUGUCAUUAAGUUAUUGUUGUCAGUCGUUCAUGUAUCAUUCGUGAGCUCACUUCCAAGGACGAACUCGAAUCCCGUAAGCAUUUAUUUUGGCGAGGGUUCGCCGUACAUGAUGUCACGAGAGGUCAAGUUCGGUGACCUCUCUUCACUCGGAUCCUCUCGCUCUUCUAUGCACCGUGAAUCCCGUUGCUUUGCGGUUUGUGUGAAACUCAACUCACAUGUCCGGGAAAUUUCCGUUUUGGACCUAUUUAUAUUUUCUGGUUGUUAUCCACGUUUUCAGGCAAACUGCUUCAUUCCCCGACUGUCCCAUUUGAAACAAGCACAAAUCUAUUUGUUUGGGUUGUUCUUCUGUUUUCUGUUUUCCGCUGGAGGCUCUUUCUAUACGCUUUGUAGCCGAAAUAUUAUUAGGACUCUCUUCAUAUUGUAUUACUGACGUGCCCAGCUGGAAUUCAAUGUUUCGAUCUAUGGAUAAUUUGUAUAUAUUGUUUACAAGACGUUGUGUUUAUCAGAACUCUUAUUUUUGGUAAAUUCUGUACAUAUCCUGAAAUAUUUCUGUUUGUGUGAACAUACUUCUGUAUUUGUACCUAUUUUGUAAAGGAAUUAAAAAGCUGUUUACUAAACU